GAGAGAGAGGCUUCAGUAGGGCGCCCCCAUCACGUCAAGUUUACGUGGGCGUUUCAACGUAGCCUUGGACGCCUAACGACGCUCCCGACGCUCUCUGAAACGCAGUCAGUGCCGAACAUCCUCAGUCGCAGAUUUCGACUCACUUAAAACGCCACUUAGGGACGAACGACCGAUAAGACCGAAUCGAGAUACGAGUUAAACGCCGUACAAUGUCUUUCAAAGAACAUUUGGAAAUGAUCAGUCUCAAUGAGACUCCAUCGAAGAAAGCCAAAUUCUGGCAGUCCUUCGUCAGAUCCUUGAAAGGAUCCGACGAUUUAAGGGCUACCGAUUCAGUCCAUUCCCGCAGGGGUAUCUUCCGUCCCAUAAGCGACAUACCAGAAGUAUCAUCCUCUUGGCCAUUCACCAAAUCUAUCUUCGACGAACCCAGCGCCGCCGCCGAACGUAUCCACGUUCCCGGCUACAGAUACGACCCGUUACACAGAGAUACCUACGGUUAUUCGCCGAGGCCAAUUUUUCCACACAACUACGGUUCUUUAGACAGAUACCGGCCCGCUUUCCAUAUAACGAAACCGAAGCCUUUCGACGCCGAUGAAGCUUGGAGGCACCACGUAGAUCGAGUUAAAGGUCGCGAACCGUCGCAAUGGCCCAGUUCGAUCUUCCACACCACAUACCCGUUUUCUCGUUAUCCGCUUUAUUUGGUCUACAGUAAAAGACCGUCUCCGGCUGCCGAAAAGUACGAUCCCCACCGAUCUUGGCUGGACCAUUUGGAUCGUCUAGCCGAAUUAGAUAAAUUGUAUCCGACGUUGUGGCCUUCGAUCGGAACCAAAUCUCCGACACCGAUCAAAGCUGGCGAAUUCGCUCCACGUCCUUCGGAAGUGGCUUUCAAUUACGCCGGUCAACCGAUCUACAGCCGCGGAGGGUUGUAUCCAAGUAAGCGUCUUAUCGACGACCUUUUUAACCCCUCUCCGAGCCUACCCGUUUCCGCCGUAUCUCGCGACCCAUUUUGGUGGGAUUCGCCAUUAAAACCCGCCUCCGCGUACACGCCUUUCGGCAAAUCCCCCUUCUACCUUCGCGAUUCUUACCUAUCCCCAGUCAAGAGGACGUUCCUGUGGGACAAACACCCCAUCAGGCCGUUCGGUAAGUCCCAUUACUAACCAAACGAUUCCCGUUUGAAUCGGUUUCGAGGAAAUUCCAUCGUUCGCCCAUCCGAAUAAUACUUGUCGAUAUUUAAUUUGAUAUACACUGAGAAAAGUGUGUGAGUGUUGAUUUCUAUUUGAAUUGAAACGAACGUUUCAAUUUUUUUUUUUUAGUGUAGUUUUGAAGGUUUUUAAAACAUUUUUUAAUACUUGAAUUAUUUCAAAACGUAUUGAUUUGAAAGAUUUUUCCUUGCAAGCCUUAAAUUUAUAUAAAAACUCAUUAUUAUAAGUCCUAGAUUCAAAAAACAAAAUAAUAAUUGAGUACGAGUUUUAUUUGAAACAUUUUCUUCAGUGUAUGAAUUGAUUUACGUCAAAAACACUGACUAAAUAUACAUUAUAAGUCCUAUAACUUGGAUUAAAUUAUAAAAAUUUGACUGGUUGAUUUAAGUCCUAAAAUCGUGAGGCACUUUGAUUAUUACAAGUCCUAUAUCGUUAUAAAUGUAUGGAGAGAGUGGAAACUUCCUCAAUUCGUAAAAAUAUGAAAAAUUUGUAUUAAUAUGACGUACAAAUAUUAUUUGAAUUAUUUUUUUUUUCGAUAUUUCAAUUACUUUGGAAAAAAAUGUACUAAAUACGUCCUAAACUGAUAAAAGUCUUUUUUUAUAUGGUUUAAAUUGGGGAAAUAUGGAAAAUUAUACAAUAAUUAUGCAUAUAAGUCCUAAAUUUAUGAAGGGAACUCGUUAUAGUAAGUCGUAGAUUUGAAAAAAAUCAUAAUUAUACACAACUUUUAUUUGAAACAUUUUUUCCAGUGUAUGAAUUAAUUUACGUCAAAAAGUCUAACUAAAAACACACAAAAUGUAUCGAAAAGUCUUUGUAAGUCCUAUAAAUUUGAUUAAAUUAGGAAAAUAUGAGAAAUUAUGAAAAACUGGUUGAUUUAAGUCCUAAAACCGUGAGGCACUUUGAUUAUUACAAGUCCUAUAUCAUUAUAAAUGUAUGGAGAGAGUGGAAACUUCCUCAAUUCGUAAAAAUGACUUACAAGUAUUAUUUGAAUUAUUUUUUUUUUCGAUAUUUCAAUUACUUUGGAAAAAAAUGUACUAAAUACGUCCUAAACUGAUAAAAGUCUUUUUUUAUAUGGUUUAAAUUGGGGAAAUAUGGAAAAUUAUACGAUAAUUAUGCAUAUAAGUCCUAAAUUUAUGAAGGGAACUCGUUAUAGUAAGUCUUAGAUUUGAAAAAAAUCAUAAUUAUACACAACUUUUAUUUGAAACAUUUUUUCCAGUGUAUGAAUUAAUUUACGUCAAAAAGUCUAACUAAAAACACACAAAAUGUAUCGAAAAGUCUUUGUAAGUCCUAUAAAUUUGAUUAAAUUAGGAAAAUAUGAGAAAUUAUGAAAAACUGGUUGAUUUAAGUCCUAAAACCGUGAGGAACUUUGAUUAUUACAAGUCCUAUAUCAUUAUAAAUGUAUGGAGAGAGUGGAAACUUCCUCAAUUCGUAAAAAUGACUUACAAGUAUUAUUUGAAUUAUUUUUUUUUUCGAUAUUUCAAUUACUUUGGAAAAAAAUGUACUAAAUACGUCCUAAACUGAUAAAAGUCUUUUUUUAUAUGGUUUAAAUUGGGGAAAUAUGGAAAAUUAUACGAUAAUUAUGCAUAUAAGUCCUAAAUUUAUGAAGGGAACUCGUUAUAGUAAGUCUUAGAUUUGAAAAAAAUCAUAAUUAUACACAACUUUUAUUUGAAACAUUUUUUCCAGUGUAUGAAUUAAUUUACGUCAAAAAGUCUAACUAAAAACACACAAAAUGUAUCGAAAAGUCUUUGUAAGUCCUAUAAAUUUGAUUAAAUUAGGAAAAUAUGAGAAAUUAUGAAAAACUGGUUGAUUUAAGUCCUAAAACCGUGAGGCACUUUGAUUAUUACAAGUCCUAUAUCAUUAUAAAUGUAUGGAGAGAGUGGAAACUUCCUCAAUUCGUAAAAAUGACUUACAAGUAUUAUUUGAAUUAUUUUUUUUUUUCGAUAUUUCAAUUACUUUGGAAAAAAAUGUACUAAAUACGUCCUAAACUGAUAAAAGUCUUUUUUUAUAUGGUUUAAAUUGGGGAAAUAUGGAAAAUUAUACGAUAAUUAUGCAUAUAAGUCCUAAAUUUAUGAAGGGAACUCGUUAUAGUAAGUCUUAGAUUUGAAAAAAAUCAUAAUUAUACACAACUUUUAUUUGAAACAUUUUUUCCAGUGUAUGAAUUAAUUUACGUCAAAAAGUCUAACUAAAAACACACAAAAUGUAUCGAAAAGUCUUUGUAAGUCCUAUAAAUUUGAUUAAAUUAGGAAAAUAUGAGAAAUUAUGAAAAACUGGUUGAUUUAAGUCCUAAAACCGUGAGGAACUUUGAUUAUUACAAGUCCUAUAUCAUUAUAAAUGUAUGGAGAGAGUGGAAACUUCCUUAAUUCGUAAAAAUGACUUACAAGUAUUAUUUGAAUUAUUUUUUUUUUUUCGAUAUUUCAAUUACUUUGGAAAAAAAUGUACUAAAUACGUCCUAAACUGAUAAAAGUCUUUUUUUAUAUGGUUUAAAUUGGGGAAAUAUGGAAAAUUAUACGAUAAUUAUGCAUAUAAGUCCUAAAUUUAUGAAGGGAACUCGUUAUAGUAAGUCUUAGAUUUGAAAAAAAAUCAUAAUUAUAAACAACUUUUAUUUGAAACAUUUUUUCCAGUGUAUGAAUUAAUUUACGUCAAAAAGUCUAACUAAAAACACACAAAAUGUAUCGAAAAGUCUUUGUAAGUCCUAUAAAUUUGAUUAAAUUAGGAAAAUAUGAGAAAUUAUGAAAAACUGGUUGAUUUAAGUCCUAAAACCGUGAGGAACUUUGAUUAUUACAAGUCCUAUAUCAUUAUAAAUGUAUGGAGAGAGUGGAAACUUCCUUAAUUCGUAAAAAUGACUUACAAGUAUUAUUUGAAUUAUUUUUUUUUUCGAUAUUUCAAUUACUUUGGAAAAAAAUGUACUAAAUACGUCCUAAACUGAUAAAAGUCUUUUUUUAUAAGUAUUAAAUUGGGGAAAUAUGGAAAAUUAUACGAUAAUUAUGCAUAUAAGUCCUAAAUUUAUGAAGGGAACUCGUUAUAGUAAGUCUUAGAUUUGAAAAAAAAUCAUAAUUAUAAACAACUUUUAUUUGAAACAUUUUUUCCAGUGUAUGAAUUAAUUUACGUCAAAAAGUCUAACUAAAAACACACUGAACGUAUCGAAAAGUCUUUGUAAGUCCUAUAAAUUUGAUUAAAUUAGGAAAAUAUGAGAAAUUAUGAAAAACUGGUUGAUUUAAGUCCUAAAAUCGUGAGGCACUUUGAUUAUUACAAGUCCUAUAUCAUUAUAAAUGUAUGGAGAGAGUGGAAACUUCCUUAAUUCGUAAAAAUGACUUACAAGUAUUAUUUGAAUUAUUUUUUUUUUCGAUAUUUCAAUUACUUUGGAAAAAAAUGUACUAAAUACGUCCUAAACUGAUAAAAGUCUUUUUUUAUAAGUAUUAAAUUGGGGAAAUAUGGAAAAUUAUACGAUAAUUAUGCAUAUAAGUCCUAUAUUUAUGAAGGGAACUCGUUAUAGUAAGUCGUAGAUUUGAAAAAAAAUCAUAAUUAUACACAACUUUUAUUUGAAACAUUUUUUCCAGUGUAUGAAUUAAUUUACGUCAAAAAGUCUAACUAAAAACACACAAAAUGUAUCGAAAAGUCUUUGUAAGUCCUAUAAAUUUGAUUAAAUUAGGAAAAUAUGAGAAAUUAUGAAAGACUGGUUGAUUUAAGUCCUAAAACCGUGAGGCACUUUGAUUAUUACAAGUCCUAUAUCAUUAUAAAUGUAUGGAGAGAGUGGAAACUUCCUUAAUUCGUAAAAAUGACUUACAAGUAUUAUUUGAAUUAUUUUUUUUUUCGAUAUUUCAAUUACUUUGGAAAAAAAUGUACUAAAUACGUCCUAAACUGAUAAAAGUCUUUUUUUAUAAGUAUUAAAUUGGGGAAAUAUGGAAAAUUAUACGAUAAUUAUGGAUAUAAGUCCUAAAUUUAUGAAUGGAACUCGUUAUAGUAAAUCUUAGAUUUGAAAAAAAUCAUAAUUAUACACAACUUUUAUUUGAAACAUUUUUUCCAGUGUAUGAAUUAAUUUACGUCAAAAAGUCUAACUAAAAACACACAAAAUGUAUCGAAAAGUCUUUGUAAGUCCUAUAAAUUUGAUUAAAUUAGGAAAAUAUGAGAAAUUAUGAAAGACUGGUUGAUUUAAGUCCUAAAAUCGUGAGGCACUUUGAUUGUUACAAGUCCUAUAUCAUUCUGAAUGUAUGGAAGGAUUUAAAACUUUCUAAAUUCGUGAAAAAUGAAAAAAAUUGUAUUAAUAUGACGAAUAAAUAUCAAUUGAAAUUUUUUUUUCCAAAUUUCAUUUACUUUGGAAGAAAAAAAUGUACUAAAUACGUCCUAAACUUAUUAGAAUUUUCUUUAUAAGUAUUAACUGAAUUAAAUUGGGAAAUUUUGCAACAAUUAUGCAUAUAAGUCCUAAAAUUAUGAAGAAAACUCAUUAUUGUGAGACCUAAAAUCUGUAUCAAGUGAAAAAUAUUCUCCAAGAACCAAAUAAGACGAUGAAGUCUAAUUUUAAAUAUUUUUUGGCUGCUAAAAAUAUUGUAGCGCGGAAAGAUUUAACUAAAUUCGUUGUAAAAUAAUUAUAAGUAUUCUUUUGAGUCCUACAAAUUGAAAAAAAUAUGAAAAAUGAAGUGAAAUAUCUCUCAAGUCCUGAAAAACAUUCCAAAAUCGACCUAAUUAGUAUUAAAUCAAAUUCAUAAGUCUUUUUAACUCAUUAUAAAAGACUGAAUUCAUUGAUAAUUCAUAAUUAGUAUUAUUUUGAUGGGAUGGUUUUUUAAAAGUGUUUUUUCUAUACAUUUCAUACAAAUAUAAUUAUACUAAUUUUUUCCCAGUUUUUUUUUGAAAAGGAUGGCGGUUAUUUUGGUAAAAUUCCAAUUUUUUUAUUACUGUUUAUUUAGAUUAGAGCUAGUCUAGUGUAAUUUAACAAUCCUUGAUUAUAUUUCAUCCAAACACUAAAUUUCGUGUACCAAAAAUUCAAACAGAACGUGAAUAUUUUGGUUACUCACUCUUCCCCUUCCACAAUUCCAUUUUUAUUUCACUCUAAAGUUUAUAUAAUUUCAUUAUAUUUUGUAAUCGUAAUCUUAAUUUAUUUCGUUAAUUUUUAACAGUGUAGUUAACUGUCAAGUUAGGCGUAUAUUAGCGACUAAAUAUUCCGUCCAUUUCUUAAGUAGAUUAUUUUAUUUCUACUAGAUAGGCAACCAAAUCAACAUAGUUGUAUUAAUAAUCAUCUAUAUGCACAUUUUAUUUUAUCAACAAUCUAUUUAUAAUUAAUUAUUUAUAUCGAUUACGAUUACAAUUAUUAUUUUUAUUAUUUGUGACGGUAUUUUUCGUCUUUACAGCUGCCGUUUACUAAGUGGAAAGAAUAUAAAAA